GAGGUUUACUUAAAUUUCCGCUUUUUUGACCUGAAGUUGUUGCAUUAAAGGGGACACGGGUUCCGCGUCCUUUUAAGAAGCAAAUAACAUAUCUGACAGGUAAUGGCGCGACUGUUUCUGAGGGGAAGCCUGCAGAGGUGCAUAGCCACCCAGAUCAGGAUGUCAUCUGACCAGCUUGGUGAGCUGGGCAAAGGAGCAGGGAAAGGUGGAGGUGGUGGGGGAUAUGUGAGGUCGGCAGGAGGUGCGUUUGGAAAGCGGGAAGCUGCAGAAGAGGAGCGGUACUUCAGGCAGAGGGAGAGAGAGCAGUUGGAGGCUCUGAGGAAGCACCACACAGAGGAGAUUGAGCACCACAAGAAGGAGGUUGAACGCCUACAAAGAGAGAUUGACCGCCACAAGGGCAAAAUUAGAAAGCUGUCACAUGACGAUUGAGGCAGAGAAGCCUACUGUCAUUUAUUACCUGAGUGCAACUACUCGUUGAGUAUCACUUGUUUCCUCUGCUGGUCAAGGCAGAUUCUGUGGUCAUUAGAUGUUGUACUGACCCGAUUGUAAGGGCUGAAACAAUAAAGUGAUUCAUCUUCCAGAA